AAGUGUGGUUGCUGUUCUGGAAGGAGGAACACAGUCGUUAAGAAACGUCGACCAGAGCCGCGCCACUUGUUUAUUUCUCCUUUUAACCUUUAACGUCUUUUGUUUUCCAACAUAAAUUGUCGGUAGAAGCACUUAAUCGAUUAAAACGCCAGAAGCCGCGAUGGCGUCGCCGCUGGAGAUGACGGAGAUGUACGACAACGCUCUGCUGGGAAUCCUGCAGCAUGUUGGAAACAUCCAGGACUUUCUUCAGAUCUAUUUUGGGUUUUUGUAUCGCAAAACGGACUUUUAUCGCCUCCUGUCCGGUCCCAGCGACAAGAUGGGCUUCCCCCCCGGUGUGGCGGAGAAGAUGGUGCUCAAGACAUUUAGGCUGUUUGAGAAGGUGGCAGAUCACGACCGAGAGAGACAGCUGAGCGAGGUGCAGAAGAGAGCGGAGAGUCGAUGUGUUCCUCAAUCAGUUCAGGAGCUGGAGGUCGCCACUGAGCCUCAGGAGGAGACAGAGGAGCAGAGUGCCGUGGCAGAACAGACGGAGAGCUCCCCGUUGGAUGCUGGGCAUGUUUCAGUCCCUGCAGCCUCGGAAGCGACAGCUCCAGAGCCAGUCGGUCAGGGAGAUCAGGCAGCAGCAGCCAGCACAAACUCAGCACUGCAGACUCAGGAGAAAUUUCAGUGUGAUCCCGACAGUUACAACGGGGCAGUUAGGGAAAACUACAGCUGGUCUCAGGACUACACUGACGUGGAGGUCCGCGUGUUUGUGCCAAAGACAGUUGUUAAAGGCAAACAGGUCAGCGUUAGUCUGCAGACCAGCAGCAUGCGAGUGUGUGUGAGGGACGGAGCCAAGGAGGAAACGCUGAUGGAGGGAGAAUUCAUGCACAAGAUCAACACAGAAAACACUCUGUGGAGCCUGGAACCUGGAAGCUGUGUGGUCCUGUCACUAAACAAGACCUCAGAGGUUUGGUGGAACGCCGUGUUGAAAGGUGAGAAGGAGAUCGACAUCAACCAAAUUAACCGGGAACGCUCCAUGGCAUCGGUUGACGAGGACGAGCACGCCGUGUUGGACAGACUCACGUUCGACUACCAUCAGAAGCUACAGGGCAAGCCACAGAGUCAUGAAAUGAAAGUGCACGAUAUGCUGAAGAAGGGCUGGGACGCUGAAGGCUCCCCCUUCAGAGGGCAGGAUUUCGACCCGUCCAUGUUCGACAUCCCACCCAGCGCGGUGCAGUUCUGAGACACAGCCAAAUAUCUGCCAAGUAUGAACUGGAUCCUAGUUUAUUUAUAGAAGUGCUUGUAGUAAAGACAUUUACCUGCAGGUCUGCUGUGUUGGAGGUUUGUCCUUAACUCUAAGAGCAGAACUGAAGCUGCCUGUUGUGACGAGGACUUUUUAUUAUAUGAAACCUGAUAAUUCUGUUGACUGUGCCCAUCUACAGUGCCUUGUUUGCCCUACUGAGGUACUGUAUUCUCUUUUUUUUCCAUUUCUAUUCUCAUAGCACUGCCCCAAAAUACAUUGAAUCAUCUGUCAUUAUUACUGGUAGUCACUAUUAUUUCCAUCCUUCUCAAAGUGAUAGAGGAGAGCCCACCUCUGUUUUCUAUCUGAUCAGGAUGAUAAUAAUAAUAUAUCAGAUGGAGCUGUAUAAUGAAGAAUGGAGUAGAUUCAAUCUCUUAAUUGCAUCUGAACAUUUGAUAGGCUCGUUUUCUUUCGGUAGUGAAACAAAGGAAGAGUAAAUUAACGUCUGUUUACAGUAGAAUGUCUUGCGGCAGAUUCUUUUUUCCAUUUCAGCCAAUUUCCUCUCAUUUCAGCCCUGUUUAUAUAUUUAUACAUCAUACAUAUUUUACAUUGAUUACACACAAAUAAACUGAACUUUAAAAGAAAUUCUAAUUCUGAAUGUUCAGCCAAUGUAAGGUCAAUCAUCCAUGAUCGAUCCUCGUACACAUGAUCACUGAAGAGCAGCUCUUCAGACUGAUUUGAGUUGGUCGUGAAACCCUUAGUUUACCAGGUUGUCAACUUUAACAAGUUGUUUAUUUUUGAUCCAGAUCCUCGAUACUGACCAGAAGGCAUAGCUACUUAUAAACCCUCAUCAACGGCUGCAGAGGUCUGCCAGUCAUGAUGAAUUCAGCUAGAGAGUGCGUUUUUGCCUUGUUUGAGUCCUGAUGAAUUUAUCCACAGGAACAAAAUAAGCAAUGACCAGUGGAAAGGCUCAUUAUAAAAAUUUUGGGGGAAAUGUGAAGCAGAAAUAAGUGUUAAGAGGUCGCUCGACGAUUAUCUUGACGAAAUCCAUGGCUCUUCAUGAUAAAACAAGAGCUUUAAAGACAGAUAGUUAUAGUAAAGGAGGGUAAAUAAUAGCCAAAGGCAUUUUUUACAACUGGACAACCCAUGGUCUGAAAAAGGUGAGCAUUAGCAAUUAACUACUAGAUGAAUUUUUACUCCAUAAUAAACUUAGGGAUUCCUUUAAAGUAUGUCUGCUUAGACAACAGUGCCAAGGGUAGGUGUAAGGUAAAGAGAGAGACUUGGAUUAAAGAAUACAAUUACAAAGAGAUACAAGAAGCUGAAUUACUGCCCUGGGACAGUAUGACUCCAACAUCGGUGCAGUUUCAGUCUCCAUACAUUUUGUUUCCAAACUAAGGUCACUAUGACCUUUGACCUCUGAAAUCUAAUCAGUAAAUUUUUUUCAAGUGAAAACUGGGCAAAAUUUGAAGAAAUUCCCUGAAGUCAGUGUUGAGAUAUGUUCAAGAGGCUAAAGACAUUUUUUGUCAGGCCAGUUUGACUUUGUUGGUGUUGGUGAGCCUCAUGCUAGAUCCUCAGUCAGUUACUUAGAGGAGUUUUUGAUUGUUGAGUGUUACCAGCAGAGCUUUUUAUUUAUUUUCCUACUGACUAAUCCUGACAUGCCAUAUAAGUCUGAAGAAGUUAUUCAAGUUGUGAGGUUUCUUUUUUAGAUGGUACGCUAUCCAAGCACGAGCCACAGUUAAAAUUUCAUUUAAAGAAAAAACAAAAGAAGCAAAGGCAUUCUUAAGAUAAGACUAAAGGCUUUUUUAGGUCACCGUAAUGAAAUUUGUAAAAAAGAAAUCGAAUCAGCUGGUCUUUGAGUUUGAGUAAAAGUGCGUUCCAGAUUUGAAGAAAUUUACUUGAGGUGUCCCUAACAUGUUCAAUUCAUGAGAUCUAAAACAUACUUAGUGAGGCCACAGUGACUUUGACCUUUGGUUACUAAUAUCAAAUCAGUUCAUUGUUGAAUCAAGGUGAAUAUUUGUACCAAAUUUUAAUAAAUUCCCUCAAGGUGUUCUUGAGAUAAUGCUUUCACAAUAACUGGACAGAUGGACGGACUGGCAUGGAGGCAUGAAAACCCACAAAUUCGAAAUUGUGUACAUUAUCUCCCUUGAGCUAAAUUCAGCUCAGCUCUCAUCCAUCCUUCCACUCAGAAAAUGGAAGGGAUGAGUUGAUAAUGUACCAGAUAAAUGAGAGGAGGAAAAAUAAUGUAACGCAGAUUGAAGUAACCCUGGGACACUGGGUCGCCUAAUGUAAACCUUGUAUUUCCACAAAUGAAUGCCAGAGGCAGCAUUUCAAAAUGGCCUCCUCUGAAUGUUUGUAAAGAUAAAGUUCAGAUGGUUGCCACUUACUUAUUGAUAAGAAAUGAUUAGUUUCCAUCUUUGUUUGAAGGCCUUACAACAUAAAUAAAAUUAAAAACCCUUCAGACGGUCAAUACAUACCUUAUGCACAUGUUCUACUAUAAUGCAUAUUGAUGUCCUUAAUACCAUACAAUGAUGAAAGAUUGGUUAAUAUAAACGUGCUGCAGAUAAUGUCAGUUGCAAAAGUUAAUGGAGACACUUCAUAAAGAUGUAACUUGUCAGAACUGUUGAUCCUUCCUUCGGGUCUUUUAUCUUCACCACCUUUUCAAGUGCUGGACCUUUAGGAAUAUGUCAAAAUGCUCUGCUGUCGGGUCCACAGAGAAGCACACAGCUUUACCUGGACCCCCAGGCCCAGAGGAAACCAGAGUAAAGUAGAUUUAGUUUAUUCAUCCUGGCAUGUUAACGUCCCAGCUACAGUGGGUAAGGAUCUGAUGGUCUGUGCAGGGGUUUAAGUGUCUUUGCCCGCUCUUCAACCAGGCGAUGAGGCGGCUCCACCAACUGCAGGAGAGCUGCACCGGCACAACUGUAAAGUUUAAAUUCUGUCACAUGUACUGGUUUUCACUCUGACACCAGGCUGUGGUAAAUAAAAGUUCCAAGGAAAA